UUACGUUUCUCCCAAACCCUUCUCGGUGCUAAACCCUAAUUCUCGCUUCCUCCCCCUCUUUCCCGACGCCGAACUCCGUGAAGGUGUAUUGGGGAGGUCGUGAAGAUGCUUGUCUUGUUCGAGACAUCGGCGGGCUUUGCCCUGUUUAAAGUUUUGGACGAAGGAAAGCUCAACAAAGUUGAGGAUUUAUGGAAGGAUUUUUCCAGUGCAGAAUCUGCUAGACAGGUGGUGAAGCUCAAGGCUUUUUCCAAGUUUGAAAACAUGUCAGAAGCUUUGGAAGCUACCACAUUGUUGAUUGACAGCAAACCCAGCAAAGGAUUGCGAAAAUUUUUACGAGCCAACUGUGAUGGUGAAACCUUGGGUGUUGCUGAUUCUAAGCUUGGAAAUAUAAUCAAAGAGAAGCUGCAAAUAGAUUGUGUCCACAACAGUUCUAUUAUGGAGUUGAUAAGAGGUUUAAGAAACCAAUUGAAUGAACUCAUAUUGGGUUUAGCUGUUCAAGAUUUGGCACCAAUGAGCUUGGGAUUGUCUCAUAGUUUGUCUCGGUAUAAACUGAAGUUCAGUGCUGAUAAGGUGGAUACAAUGAUCAUACAAGCUAUAGGAUUGCUUGAUGAUCUUGACAAGGAGUUGAACACUUAUGCAAUGCGGGUUAGGGAGUGGUAUGGCUGGCAUUUUCCAGAGCUUGCUAAAAUUAUUCAGGAUAACAUACAAUAUGCUAAGACGGUGAAAUUAAUGGGCAACCGUGAUAAUGCAGCUCAGCUUGAUUUCUCCGAGAUAUUGCCAGAGGAGGUUGAGACUGAGCUGAAGGAGGCCUGUAUGAUAUCAAUGGGAACUGAAGUUAGUGAUCUUGAUUUGAUAAAUAUUAGAGAGCUCUGUGAUCAGGUCCUUUCUCUUUCUGAAUACAGAGCCCAACUGUAUGAUUAUCUAAAAAGCAGGAUGAACACCAUUGCUCCUAACUUGACUGCACUCGUCGGAGAGCUUGUCGGUGCCCGCCUAAUUGCCCAUGGUGGAAGUUUACUCAAUCUUGCUAAGCAGCCUGGAAGCACAGUGCAGAUUCUUGGAGCUGAGAAGGCUCUGUUCAGAGCUCUCAAAACAAAGCAUGCAACUCCCAAGUAUGGUCUCAUCUAUCAUGCAUCCCUAAUUGGUCAGGCCGCUCCAAAGCUCAAAGGAAAAAUCUCUCGGUCUCUUGCUGCUAAAACUGCGUUGGCAAUUAGGUGCGAUGCUCUGGGCGAUGGCCAAGAUAACUCGAUGGGUCUUGAAAACCGUGCCAAGCUGGAAGCAAGGUUAAGAAACCUCGAGGGUAGAGAGUUGGGACAUGUUGCUGGUUCGGCUAAAGGCAAACCGAAGAUCGAAGCCUACGACAAGGAUCGGAAGAAGAGUGUCGGGGGCUUAAUAACUGCUGCCAAGACAUACAACACCGCAGCGGAUUCUAUCAUCGGCAAACUCGAGAAGGCUGUUGAGGAGGAAGCAAAUGCCCAUGUAACUGUUGAAGGGAAGAAAGAAAAGAAGACGAAAAAGAAGAGGGCAGCAGACGAAGAGGAAACGGUAAAGGAGGAGGAUUCGAAACCUGAAGUCGGAAAGGACGAGAAGAAGAAGAAAAAGAAGAAACAAACCGAAGAAGCUGAAGAAGUACAAAAUGGAGGUGAGGAGAAGGAAAAGAAGAAUAUGGAGCCAUAUUAA